UUGACACAAAUAAAAAUAUUGAUGAUAGUGACAUUAAAACCUAUAUUCAACAACAAAUACAAAACAUUGAUGAUAGUGACAUUAAAACCUAUAUUGAACAACAAAUACAAAAUAUUGAUGAUAGUGACAUUAAAACCUAUAUUCAACAACAAAUACAAAAUAUUGAUAAUAGCGACAUUAAAACCUAUAUUCAACAACAAAUACAAAAUAUUGAUGAUAGUGACAUUAAAACCUAUAUUGAACAACAAAUACAAAAUAUUGAUGAUAGUGAUAUUAAAACCUAUAUUCAACAACAAAUACAAAACAUUGAUGAUAGUGACAUUAAAACCUAUAUUGAACAACAAAUACAAAAUAUUGAUGAUAGUGACAUUAAAACCUAUAUUCAACAACAAAUACAAAAUAUUGAUGAUAGUGACAUUAAAACCUAUAUUCAACAACAAAUACAAAAUAUUGAUAAUAGCGACAUUAAAACCUAUAUUCAACAACAAAUACAAAAUAUUGAUGAUAGCGACAUUAAAACCUAUAUUCAACAACAAAUACAAAAUAUUGAUGAUAGUGACAUUAAAACCUAUAUUCAACAACAAAUACAAAACAUUGAUGAUAGUGACAUUAAAACCUAUAUUCAACAACAAAUACAAACUAUUGAUGAUAGUGACAUUAAAACCUAUAUUCAACAACAAAUACAAAAUAUUGAUAAUAGCGACAUUAAAACCUAUAUUCAACAACAAAUACAAAAUAUUGAUGAUAGUGACAUUAAAACUUAUAUUCACCAACAAUUACAAAAUAUUGAUGAUAGCGACAUUAAAACCUAUAUUCAACAACAAAUACAAAAUAUUGAUAAUAGCGACAUUAAAACCUAUAUUCAACAACAAAUACAAAAUAUUGAUGAUAGCGACAUUAAAACCUAUAUUCAACAACAAAUACAAAAUAUUGAUGAUAGUGACAUUAAAACCUAUAUUCAACAACAAAUACAAAACAUUGAUGAUAGUGACAUUAAAACCUAUAUUCAACAACAAAUACAAAAUAUUGAUGAUAGUGAAAUUAAAACCUAUAUUCAACAACAAAUACAAAAUAUUGAUGAUAGUGACAUUAAAACCUAUAUUCAACAACAAAUACAAAAUAUUGAUGAUAGCGACAUUAAAACCUAUAUUCAACAACAAAUACAAACUAUUGAUGAUAGUGACAUUAAAACCUAUAUUCAACAACAAAUACAAAAUAUUGAUGAUAGUGACAUUAAAACCUAUAUUCAACAACAAAUACAAAAUAUUGAUGAUAGUGACAUUAAAACCUAUAUUCAACAACAAUUACAAAAUAUUGAUGAUAGCGACAUUAAAACCUAUAUUCAACAACAAAUACAAAAUAUUGAUGAUA